CUAUAGCCACAAAUGGCGAGGAUGAGGAUGGGGAUGUUGAUGAGGAUGAUGGAUCACGAACUGCAGGACGGAUGCAGCGUGUGCGCGCGCACACACGCGCGCGCAACGGAUGACCACUAAACGUUCGACGCCGAUGAAGCAUCAUCUUUAUCAUCAUCACCGCAGCCCAUGAAAGCAAUGAAAAUAAUAUUAAAAAAAAAAACAACGAUUGGGUUCUUACCUUCCAGGGGCGCCGAGUCAGCGUCGAUGCUCGUGCACGCCAGGAGGAGAACGACGGGCAGGUGUCACGUGACAACCUCCUCCGGAGGAAAGGAGGAGAAAGAUGCUGUGACGUCAUGCUUUUAGUUUGUCUUCUUUCAGUCCAAAUGGUGCAACAUUCCUGUCAGCUUGAUGGACAAGACUAACUAACAAUGAAAACAAGGUUCCAAAUGAAUGCGUGCAGAAAUGACACCUGUUUCAUGAACAUGAAUAUAUAUGAAUAUAUAUUCAUAAAUAUACAUAAUAUACUAGACUAACUUGAAGACGACAAGUACAGGUAUAAUGUUAUGUCUUGGUGAAGAUCGUUACCGUAACCUUGUGACUAGGAAGCACAAGCAGUUCAAGCAGGAAAUGUGCUACGAGCCGGUCCAUCUUCGCAGAAUAGACGAUCUCUGGUCAACAAAGAUGGCGUCGAGCAAUGGCUUCGCCUCGCUGGGACCUGACGGAGCCUCGGCUGCUGCGCAUGCGCUGUCUCUUCCUGCGGAGGCUUACGGGAAUGACGAGCGUCUGGAGGUGAUGUGGGCCAUGAAGGCCUACAGCCACGCUGAGGUCUACUUCAACCUCAUUUCUUCCGUGGAUCCGAAGUUCCUGAAGCUGACAAAGCUUGACGAUGACAUCUACUCAUCCUUCAAAGAAGCCUUCAAGGAUCUCCAGGUGAAGCUGCUGAAGCCUGAUGACCUCAAGUCGGCCGAGGCCAAAGAGAGGUGGCGACCUUUCUGUAACCGAUACGAAGACCUGGUGGAGGACUUCAACUACGGGACGUUGCUGCGCUUGGACUGUGAGAAGGACUACACGGAGGAGAACACCAUCUUUGCCACCAGGAUCCAGUUUUUUGCCAUCGAAAUCACCCGAAACCGGGAAGGCUUCAACGAUGUGGUGUUCUCGUCCAGGUCGUCCGAGAGUUAGCCGGGAAGCUCAGCGCCCAACACAAGCUGAACGCUUCCAUGGUUUGCGCAUGUGGAGUCUGAAGGACAAUAUAAGAACAAUAAGAAUAAAUCUGGAUUUGCUACACAA